AUGAGUGAUUGGGAGGACGAGCUUGAUGUCGAAGUAGAGAUUGCUAUCCCCAAGAAGAAUCAAUGGGAUGAUGAAGAUGCCGAGGACCAAGUUAAAGAAUCUUGGGAGGAUUCUGAUGACGAAAAGGAAGCCAAGGAGAAGAAGCCUGCACCUGUUUUGAAGAAGAAGAUUCCCUUGAAGCAGAAGAUUGCUGAAAAGCAAGCUGCCGAGGAGAAGAAGCGACAGGAAUUGGAAGCCAAGAAGUUGGCCGGUGAGGACGAUAAAGAGGAAGAGGAAGACGCUUUUGCACGUAAAGAGCGUUUGCGUCAAUUGGAGUUGGAGGCUGAUAUGGCGAGUGCCACAGACCUGUUCUCUGGUGUGUCUGUCACCGAUAUGAAGGACAAGCCUUUGGAGGAAUGGAAUCCUAGAAACCGUGUAGAGAUGGAUGCUUAUCGCAAGCGCCUAGUCGAAAUUAUCACUCCUACUGCUAAAUGGAACAAUUAUGGUUGGUUUAUCGACGAGUUAUUGCGUGACAUUGCUGUACCUUUGAACCACCCUGAAGUCAAGAAGAUUGCCUCAUCCCUGACUACUAUCGCUAACGAGAAACAAAGAGUUGCCAAGGAAGCAACAAAGAAGGGUAAAGGAAAGAGUAGACCUCAAUUGGCUGCUGCAGGAAAGAACUCUACGGCUGAUGACAACUACGCUGACAAUGGAUAUGAUGAUUAUGAUUUCAUGUAA